AUGUCGAAAAUCAGCCACUCAGACGAAACGGAUGCCGCUCUUAGCGAGAAGAAAUCUCAAAUCAACGACGAUGAUAUCCAACUUCAGCAACUUGGCUUAGAGCCGUCAGAGCUCCGCCGCAAUUUCAACAUUUGGUCGCUCGCAUUCAUGUCGUUCUGCUCCAGUAUCACAUGGGAGGCAAUCUCGUCCACAAUGGCCCAGGGUCUGAUGUCAGGAGGCAGUUCAAGUUUGGUAUGGGGGUUCGUGGCAAGCAGCCUCGGUGCUCUCCUGACUGUCCUCUGCAUCGCAGAGUACUCCAGCAUGAUUCCGACGGCAGGCGGCCAAUACCAUUACGUGGCCGAGCUCUCGCCACCAAAGUUCCAAAGAAUCCUUUCGUGGUAUGCAGGCUGGAUGACAAUGCUUGGCUGGAUUCUAUGCGCACUUGCUGGCAUCUUUGCUACCGCAAUGCAGAUCCAAGCGUGGGCAAUUCUCUUCAGUCCCGAUUACACAUACGAGCGAUGGCACACUGCACUUAUCGUCAUCGGCCUCGCGACAUUCUACACAUUAUUUGCAGUUUUUGAGGUCAAGAUGCUGCACCGCCUGCUGUUUGUCGCAAUGUUCGUGCACAUUGUCGGCUAUUUCGCCACAGUCAUCUACCUCUUGGUUCGUAUUAAUCCAAAGAACACUGCUGAGUACGUGUUUACGGACUCCACAAGCUUGAGCGGUUGGGAAAGUCCCGGAACAUCUCCGGGGUUCUAA